AUGCACAGACUCAAGCAAGGCGAGGUCAACCUCGGUACCUCAAUUAUGGCCGUCCAAUUUGACGGGGGUGUGGUUAUUGGCGCCGACAGUCGUACAACCACAGGAAGCUACAUCGCCAAUCGUGUCACGGAUAAAUUAACAUACCUCCACGAUCGUAUCUACUGCUGUCGAUCGGGUUCUGCAGCAGAUACACAAGCAAUUGCAGAUUUUGGGCAUUAUUACCUCCAGAUGCAAACUCAAGUGAUGGGCUCAGCACCCUCAGUUCUGACUGCGGCCGCUAUAAUGGAGAAGAUGUGUUACCAGAACAAGGAUCAACUGAGUGCUGGUAUCAUCGUCGCUGGAUGGGACAAGAAGGCCGGCCCCAGCGUAUAUAAUAUUCCCCUUGGUGGUGGUCUCUUCAGGCAACCGUGGGCAAUUGGCGGCUCUGGGUCUACAUACGUGUACGGCUACUGCGAUGCGACAUACCAGGAAGGUUGGGGUAAGGAUGAAACCGUGAAGUUCGUCAAGAACACAUUGGCACUGGCUAUGUCUCGAGAUGGCUCAUCUGGAGGCUGCAUCCGUAUGUGUGUGAUUACGGAGGACGGUGUGGAGCGGAAAUUUAUCCCUGGAGACGAACUACCAAGGUUCUGGGAGGGCAAAGAAGUGCUUGGCGAAGCAACUCGAAAACCACUAGCCGCACUGUCUACGGUUUCGGACGUCGCUCCUAUGGCAGUCGAAGUAUAA